GCACUGCGGCGCCUCAACAUUUGGUUCUUCGAGCCGGAUCAACGGAGGAUUUCUGGUACCCCAGGUCUUGCGAGACUCCAUCCCGCCAGGAAUCCGAGAACUUCCCGCUUGAGGCACUGCGGCGCCUCAACAUUUGGUCCGUCCGAACCGGAUACCGUACCUGUGGAGUGGAACCGGCCUACAGUCCCCGGUUCACCGUCGAAGCAUCCUGCUGGUCAUCGAGGCGACCAGUCGAGGAAUCCCUGCCGAUCUGUGGACGAUCGGCACAAACGGUGACGUCUUUGCCGCCGGCAAAGACACCAUCCCAUCGGAGGGUUUCCGUCGAUCGACGAGUCGGUCGGCCCAGCAAAGUUUCCUACUGGUCAACGAGGCGACCAGUCGUAGGAUCCCUACCAGUAAACGAGAGGAUCGUUGCGAACGGUGAUAUCCUUGCCGCUGGCGAGGACACCAGCCUAUCGAAGAGUCGGUCGGUCGCAGUGAAGUGUCCUGCUGGUCAUCGAGGUGACUAGUCGAGGAAUCCCUGCCGGUCUGUGGACGAUCGGCACCAACGGUGACUUCUUUGCCACCGGCAAAGACACCACCCAUCGGAGGAUUUCUACCGAUCGACGAGUCGGUCGGUCCCAGCGAGGCAUUCUGCUGAUCGAGGAGAGAUCAGUGGAACCGAGACCCUUUUCCCUUGAAGAUUUUUCCGCCUGUCUUCGAGGUGGUCGGCACCAGCGAGUUGUUCCCCUGGUCAACGAGGCGACCAGUCGAGGAAUCCCUGCCAGUCUGUGGACGAUCGGCACCAACGGUGACUCCUUUGCCGCCGGCAAAGACACCAUCCAGUCAAAGGAAUCCCACCGAUUGACGAGUCAGUCGGUCCUAGUGAAACGUCCUGCUGGUCAUCGAGGCGACCAGCCGAGGAGUUUCGUACCGGUCAACGAGAGAUCGGUAUCAACGGUGACAUCCUUACCGCCGGUGAGGACACCAGAGCAUUGAAGAGUCGGUCGGCCGCAGCGAAGCGUCCUGCUGGUCAUUGAGGCGACCAGUCGAGGAAUCCUGUCGGUCGGUGUGCUACGAGCAUCAAGGGUGACAUCUUUGCCGCCGGCAAAGACAUCACCAACGAGAAGAUUUCCUGCCGAUCAACGAGGUCAUCGGCCCCAGAAGAAGUGUUUCCCUGGUCAACGGGCGAGAGGAAUUACCGUCGGUCAGUGGACGAUCGGCACUGGAUGUGUCAUUCUUGCCGCCGGCAAGACAACCAAGGAGACAAUUUUAUACCGAUCAGCGAGCCUUGCUAUCGGUACCGUAAAAGCUUUCUGCUGAUCAAGGAGGUAUCAGUGGAAGCAGGACAGCCCCUGCUAGUCACCAAGGACAAGAUCGUCCGCCGAUCAGUGAGGUGUUCGGUCCUAACAAAUCGUUCCCCUGGUCAACAAGGCGACCUGUCGACGAUUUCCGCCGGUAAAGUAGAUCGGCACCGUCGGUGGACUCUUGUGUGAGCACCGAAAAGAGGACUUAUCGACCAACCACCGACCGUAGAAGUGAAGAUGAGACACCACACACCGGAAUUUGAGGCACCCGCCAUGCAUGAGACACAGCUGCUCAUCCAUCUCCGUGAGCAGGUCUCGCGGAAGACCCGGCACAUCUUGGGAAACCUGGUAGAGGCAGAACACGACCCGUCGAAGAUAAGAUCAUCGCUCCUGCGGGUGUACGAGAAGAAGCUAGGCACGUACUACCAGGAGUACGCUAAGCUUCACCAGGAGAUCUUGGACCGGAUCCCUGCUUCGGAGUUCAAGGAACAGGAAGAGCUGCAGAUGGACUUCGACCGACUGCACAUCGAAGCGCUGCUAAGGAUAGAGAAGCUAUCCGCGAGCUUGGCAGGUGAAUACCAACUCAGUGAGAGUGAGGUCCGUGUUUUGGAAAGCUUCCAAAGCAGGCAGCGGUCCGAGUCUGUUCGGGAGAAGCUCUCUGGCCAGUCAAACGUGAAACCACUAAAUCACGUUGCGACGACCGGCAGCAAUGUGGAGUCCGCUCAGGAAGAGCGCUCCAAUCGGCCCAGUGUGACGCCAACAAAUCACACUGUGAUACCAAUCCAGCCAUCAGCCAAGUCGCAGCCGAAAGAGUGCCGACCGUUUGGUGGCUUCCAUAAUCGGCAUCAGGAGAAGUCCGUCUCAGAAGAACUCUACGACUCAUCCAGUCUAGAGCCGCCGGCAAAAUCUGAGACGUCCAAAGACCAACCGAACAUCGUUCACAGGGAAUACGAUAGGUCGUCUUGUACGAAGGAACCGCGUCACACGACGAGAUGUGGCCUACCAAGCACUAAAGAUCGACAAGGCGUGGAUUGGAAGCGGACUUCCCUCCGGACAGGGUUAACACCGACGAAGCAAUCCAGCCAGUCCUGUAUGCCGCUAUCGAGUGGCACUGCGAUACCCGUCCAGGAAAUCCAACCAGUCAGCGAGGAUUGGGGACCUUCUGGAAGAACGCCAUGGAUUCACCACCAAUCGCAGUGUGGUUGCAAGAAGCUCUUCAGCGCACCCAGAAUAGAACGACCGACUCGAAGAGUGCGAUCAGAUCACCAACUGAAGAAUGCUCAGAAGGAGCACUGCAAGCCGGUAAGUGUCCGGAACCAUCGCCAGUCGGAGUCCGCUCGGGUGGAGCACUCCGACCCACCAAGUUACACCAUGAGGUCUGACGAGUCAGCAGCCCCUGGUCUUUUGCAUGAAGUGGAUCAUCGACAUCGCCCGGAGCCCGCUCAGAAGAAGAACUCCAAUCAGCCAAGAGUAGAAUCGUAUGCAAACGUGCAUUCUACGACACUCGUCGAUCAUCCGGAAUCCAUUCGGAAGGAGCAUUCCAAGCCGACCAGUAUCGAGCAGCAGCUACGUCAUGUGGAGUCCAGCAUAAGGACAGUGACAGUGGCAGCCGUGAAGUGCCCAGAGCUGGCUCAGGAGAAGCACUCUGGUCCGUCCAGUGUGGAACAGCCCGUUCACACUGCAACUUUCGUCGAAGGAUCCGCCUUCACCCCGAGAAUGCAGGCUAACCCGUCUGUAAAGGAGCUGAUGAAUCUCCAGACACGUACCACCGAGUCCACGACAAGCACAAGAGGGUCAGAGUCCGCUCAGGAGGAGCUCUCUGAUUUGUCCUGUGUGCAACAGACUGUUCACACUGCGACAUCCGCCGUGGAACCAGAGUCCGCUUACAAGCAGCAUUUCAAGCCGUGCAGUGAUGAUCUGCCAGAUUUCACUGCAGAUUCCCCGAAUCACGUGAAGAACGCUCAGGAUGAGCAGUUCUGGCUAUCGUACGUAAAGCCAUUUCGUGGUGCGAUAGCUGCAGAUCGAAAGACAAUUCUGGACAAGUCGAGUAUGCUGUUGGACGGAAAACCAUCGUUCGCGACAGUUAUCAACCAAAUGGAGUCCACUCAGGUGGAGCCUUCUAAGCCAUCAACGUGUGUAAAAACACUGGUAAACCCAGCGGUGUUUUCCAAGGGGUCAGAGUUGGAGACCAUGAAGUGUGGAACUAUUACAGUAGACAACGUGAAGUUGGCUCCAAACACUGCUGCACGUGUCGCGAUCUAUGACACUAACAGCGAAAAGGAGAAUUCCCGAGACCUGCCAAGACUGAAGGCCAUGAAGAAGUGGCACACCAAGCCAGCGAAGCCACCACCAAUGAAACUCUUGAGUGACCCGAGGCUUACUCAGGAGGCGCAGUUUGGCAGUAUAUGAGAAGACAACCGUCACGCGAUGCCGUUGCUUCGACAGGAAUGCUCCCAGCCCGGGGGCAGUAUGUUCGCGCCCAUCGGACGCUCCGGUGGAAAAUGUGCCCCACAUUCCCC